CCCUCCUCCCCCUCCUUCCCUGUGAGUCAGUGUGGAUGAUGGUGGAGAUGGGAGAUCAGCAGGGGGAGGGCUGAGCCCAGCACGGUAACUUCCAGCACCGAUCGCCUUAUGUACUAUGGCCCGCUGGAUCCCCAGUAAGAGGGAGAGGUUCGGAGUGGCCAUCUACAACUUUCAAGCAAAAAAUGAAGAAGAACUAUGCCUGCGGGUGGGAGACACAGUGCAGAUAUUUGAGACGUAUGAAGGGUGGUACAGAGGAUUCACUUGGAGGAACAAAUCAAAGAAGGGAAUAUUUCCAGCUGCAUAUAUUCAUCAGAAAGAAGUGACAGAUGACAAAGGGCACCAUGAGCCAACCAGUCUCAGUGAACUUCCUUUAGUGCAAGAACUUACAGCUACUCUGCGGGAAUGGGGCCUCUUGUGGCACUCGCUAUAUGUGCAAAACCAGAGAACGCAGUUUGCACAGAUACAAGAAAUGAUGUCACAACUGAUGGACUGGAGGUCACAGAUUAUGUCUGGCACUCUACCCAAGGAUGACUUGGCUGAAUUGAGGAAAAAAGUGACUGUCAAAAUUGACUAUGGGAAUCGAGUACUGGGCUUGGACCUUGUGGUUAGAGAUGAAAAUGGAAUCAUUCUAGAUCCUGAUGACACCAGUGUAAUUACCUUGUUCCGCUCCCAUGAGAUAGCAUCAAGGCGGAUUGAUGAGAGGAUUCAGGAGGAAAAGUCUCAGCUGCAGCCUCUUGAUAUCUGCACUCCAGCCAUGCUGCAUGUAGCUCAUACAUACACCUUAUAUGUGAACUUGAAGAACUUUGUGUGUAACAUGGCAGAAGAUGCGGAGCUCCUCAUGUGUCUGUAUGACCCAGACAUAUCCCAUUUCAUCAGUGAAAAUUACUUUGUUCGCUGGAGUAGUUCCGGUAUGCCCAAAGAAAUAGAGAAGUUAAACAACCUGCAGGCAGUGUUCACAGACCUCAGUAGCCUGGAUCUGAUUCGUCCCCGGAUCAGCCUGGUGUGCCAGAUCGUGCGUGUGGGACACAUGGAGCUCAAGGAUGGGAAAAAACACACGUUUGGCCUCCGGAGGCCUUUUGGUGUUGCAGUAAUGGACAUAUCUGAUGUUAUACAUGGGAAGGUGGACGAUGAGGAGAAACAACAUUUUAUAGCUUUUCAUCCGAUGGCCAAAGAAACUUACAUCAGCCAGCGGCAGCUCAUUAUGUCUCCUCUGAGCUCUUCACGGGUAUUGGCUGAGAAUGAGCCUCUCCCCAGCAUCUACAACAAGGUGAUUGCAGCCAAAGAGAUCAACCACAAGGGACAAGGGCUGUGGAUUUCUCUUAAACUUCUCCCAGGAGAUAUUAAUCAGGUACAGAAGGAAUAUUCUCACCUAGUGGAUCGAUCUACUGCGGUGGCCCGGAAAAUGGGAUUUCCAGAGAUUAUUCUGCCUGGAGAUGUUCGCAACGACAUCUAUGUUACUCUGAUCCAGGGAGAGUUUGAUAAAGGAAAGAAGAAAACGCCGAAGAAUGUGGAAAUCAUGAUGUCUGUGCACGAUCAGGAUGGAUCAGUGUUGGAGAAAGCUAUUGCUCCUGGAGCGGGGCAGGAGGGGUUGCCAGAAUACAAGUCUGUUGUGUAUUACCAGGUUAAGCAGCCAUCUUGGUAUGAAACAAUCAAGGUCUCCAUACCAAUAGAGGAUGUCAGCCGCUGUCACCUUCGCUUCUCAUUUCGGCACCGCUCAUCUCAGGAAUCUCGUGACAAAUCCGAGAAGGUGUUUGGAGUGGCUUUUGUAAGACUGAUGAACCACAAUGGCACAACACUGAGAGACGGUACUCAUGACCUCAUCAUUUAUAAGGGUGACAGCAAAAAGUCAGAUGAUGCCAAGCUUUACUUGUUGCUCCCUGGGACUAAGGAGGAAGAAGAGGAAGUCCGUUCUCCACGAGGACAUGCGCCCUCCCUCACCCCUACGAAGGAUAGCUUCCAAAUAAGCACAUUGAUCUGUUCCACUAAGCUUACACAAAAUGUCGAUUUACUUGGCCUGUUAAAUUGGCGGUCAAACCCCAGGCCUGUUUCUCAAGCACUCUGCAAACUCAUGGAGGUGGAUGGAGGGGAGAUCAUGAAGUUUCUGCAAGACACAUUGGAUGCUCUCUUCAACAUCAUGAUGGAGAACCCAGACAAGGAGAGCUGUGAUGUUCUUGUGUUUGAUGCACUGGUUUUCAUUAUUUCUCUGAUCGCAGAUAUUAAAUUUCAGCACUUUAAUCCGGUCCUGGAGACCUAUAUUAAUAAGCACUUCAGUACGACGCUGGCUUAUGAGAAGCUGAUUAAGGUUCUUACAUGGUAUGUGAGGAGUGCGGACGACCCGUGUCGCAGAGAGAUGCUCUUUUCCUCUCUUAAAGCCAUAAAGUAUCUUUUCAGAUUUAUAGUCCAGUCCAGGGUACUCUACCUCAGGUUUUAUGGUCAGGACGAGGGGAACGACCAGUUCAAUGAUUCCAUACGCCAGCUCUUCCUUUCCUUUAAUGAGCUGAUGGACCGGCCAUUGGAGGAAGCUGUGAAGAUUAAGGCAGCAGCAUUGAAGUAUCUUCCAGGCAUUAUUAAUCACUUGAAGACCGUGUUUGAUCCUGUGGAACUGAGUGUCCUCUUUGCCAAGUUCAUGCAGAGUGUUCCACCAGACCAGCUUGUCCAUCAGACCCUGACCAGCAUGUGCAAAGUGGUGGAGAGUGACCUGUUUCUGCAACAAGAGUGCAGAGAUGUAAUUUUGCCUCUCCUCAUUGACCAGUUAAGUGGACAAUUGGAUGACAAUUCAAACAAACCAGAUCAUGAAGCCAGUGGACAGCUGUUGAGCAAUAUAUUGGAAGCUCUUCAGAAUAAGGAUUCGGGGGACACGACACACCACAUCCAGCUUAUCAUGGAGCGUCUACUGAGAAGGAUAAACCGAACAGUGAUUGGAAUGAGUCGACAGUCACAACAUAUAGGUCGUUUUGUAGCAUGUAUGACCACUGUACUCCGACAGAUGGAGGAUUACCACUAUGAUCAUUACAUCAGCACCUUCAGGACUCGACAAGACAUCAUAGAUUUCCUGAUGGAAACCUUUAUCAUGUUCAAGGACCUGAUUGGAAAACGGGUUUUCCCAAGGGAUUGGAUGCUGAUGACAAUGACACAAAACAAAGUGUAUCUCCGUGCCAUGAACAGGUUCUCCUCUGUUCUCAACAAAUUCUUCCUUGAUCAGGCCAACUUUGAACUACAGCUCUGGAAUAAUUUCUUCCACCUGGCUGUGUCACUUUUAACCCAUGAAUCCCUGCAGUUGCACAGAUUUUCCCAGGAGAAACGGCACAAGAUUCUUUGCAAAUAUGGAGAUAUGCGAAAGGAGAUUGGUCUGAAGAUUAGAGAUAUGUGGUAUAAUCUAGGUCCUCAUAAGAUUAAGUUCAUCCCUUCCAUGGUGGGACCAGUCCUGGAGGUGACGCUCACUCCAGAGCCAGAUCUACGAAAAGCAACAAUUCCUAUCUUCUUUGACAUGAUGCAGCAUGAAUAUAACUUCAGUGGGAGUGGCCAUUUCCACAUGUUUGAGAAUGAAUUGAUUACUCGUCUGGAUCAAGAGGUAGAAGGUGGCCUAGGGGAUCGGCAGUACAAGGAACUUCUAGAGAAGCUCUUAUUGGAGCACUGUCGGAAACACAAGUAUCUGUCCAGCUCUGGAGAAGUUUUCACCGUUCUGGUCAGCAGCCUCCUGGAGAACCUCCUUGAUUACCGAACAAUAGCCAAUGAUGAAAGUGAAGAGAAUCGGAUGAGCUGCACCGUCAAUCUGCUGAAUUUUUACAAGGAAAAGAAAAGGGAAGACAUUUACAUUCGGUAUGUGUACAAGCUGAGAGACCUGCAUCUGAGCAAGGAGAAUUAUAACGAGGCAGCAUAUACCCUACUACUCCAUGCUGAGCUGCUGCAGUGGUCAGAUAAACCAUGUGCACCUCACUUGCUACAACGAGACAGCUUUACUGUGUACACACAGCAGGAGUUGAAGGAGAGGCUUUACCUGGAGAUCAUAUCCUUCUUUGACAAGGGAAAAAUGUGGGAACAGGCAAUCAUACGCAGCAAAGAGCUUUUAGAGAUGUAUGAAAACCAAAUCUUCCACUACGAGGCUCUGAGUGACCUGCUGAACAAGCAAGCUACUUUCUACCAGAACAUCAUGCGAUCCCUGAGGCUGCAACCAGAGUAUUUUGCUGUGGGAUACUACGGCCAAGGUUUCCCAUCUUUCCUGAGGAACAAAAUCUUCAUAUACCGGGGGAAAGAUUACGAACGCCUAGAGGAUUUCAACCUUUGGCUCCUGACUCAAUUCCCUAAUGCCGAGAAGCUGUCCAGCAGUUCCCCGCCUGGGGACGACAUCAGAAACUCUCCCAAGCAAUAUGUGCAAUGUUUCAGCGUGAAACCCAUGAUGAACCUCCCACCACGGUACAAGGACAAGCUGGUGCCGGAACAGAUUCUCAGGUAAUUCCAGAAAAUAACAAGAAGGCCCACAUUUUCCUCCAGUUUUUGUGACAUUGUCUGGGGCUUUCUGUACUGGGUCUGUUUGAUAUGUUGCUUAAUUCAUGUAUUUCUUCUCUUCAGCUAUUAUCGGUAUAAUGAGUUACAAAGUUUUUCAUAUUCACGACCCUUCAGGAAAGGCGAGAAAGACCCUGAUAAUGAAUUUGCAACAAUGUGGAUAGAGCGGACGACAUUUACCACAGCCUAUAAACUGCCUGGCAUCCUGAAGUGGUUUGAAGUCAAACAGUUUAACACUGAAGAAAUCAGUCCACUGCAGAAUGCAAUAGAGACAAUGGAGCUGACCAAUGAAAAGAUAAGUCACCAGGUCCAGCAGCACAGGGCUGACCCCAGCCUCUCGUUGCACCCUCUCUCUAUGCUGAUUAGUGGGAUUGUGGAUCCAGCAGUCAUGGGUGGAUUCUCUAAUUAUGAAAAGGCUUUCUUUACUGAACGCUACCAACAAGAACAUCCCUCAGACCAGGACAAGAUUGAGCUGCUCCAACAGCUAAUUGCUUUGCAGAUGCCACUCCUGGCUCAAGCAAUCCGAAUUCAUGGGGAGAAGCUGACGGAUAAUAUGCGGCCCCUUCAUGACCGACUGGUGUCUUGUUUUCAGGAUUUGAAAGGGAAAGUGGAAAAACUAUAUGGGACCAUAACAUUGCCUUCCAGUUUGACCGAUAGAAAGCUGAGUCGGGCUGGCUCUGUGGUGGUUCCAUAUAUCACAUCGGCCACCUUAAGACGAUUGUCCACAGUUUCUACUUCUUCUUCUUCAGGAAGUGGUGGCUCUAGGCCAGGAUCAGAAGGGUCCAUUCCAGAACCUGUUCCUCCUCGUCGUGGAUCACUAAUUUCACGACUAGAUGAACACGGUGACCGAGAGGACGGGGACAUUCGAUUGAUGAAACUGAAGCAUAAUAUGGGACAAUCACAGACAAUCACAGAGCGCCCCGGAGAGAGGGAGAGUCUACUUGCCAAAUCCCAGCGGCCUAAGAGCCUGCAGCUCACAGAUGGACGUCUGUCUCUUCACACAGGAUCACCAAGCCAAGGGGCAACACCACUGACCCCAAUUACUCCUAAAACUCCACGAACAUAUAGUUUCCCUUCUCUCUCUACCCACGGUGAUAUGGCUGCACAGAUUAUGGGAAUGCCUCCCCCUCCACCUCCUAAAAGCAGAUCCAAUGAAGGCAGCCAGCGACUGUCCACAGAGAUUGCUCCCGCAAUGCCAAGGCAUGAAGAUGGGAAACCACCAACUCCACCUCCAAAAACGAGGAAAUCUAGUGUAAUUCAAGAACCUGGACUUUGAUCUUCCAAGAAUCUGAUGGACCAUUUAUUAAAAAGGGAAGACUGUGGAACUUGUAAAUGCAUCUAUUUAAGACUUUUAAGACCGACUUUCAAGCUACACUUAAAGACUGUAUCUGUACAGACACACUCCAUAAAAAGACACUUGAAAUGGUAGCAGGUGAUCUGCUUACUAGCCUACAAAGUGUUUACCUCCCGAGGGUGAACCAGAGAGACCCUGGCAACAAAAUCCAUACACCUCCUCAAAGCAUUGAAGAAGAGGAACACGAAAUGUUCAUAGCUAAACUGCAUUUUGUAUAUACAGAUAACGGAUUUAUUUGUAAGAGAAAGCCACAAACCACACUGUGUCUCCAUAUGCCUUUUGCCCACUGUUUUAAGACUUGGUCGGUGGGGGUGAGGGAACAAAACUGCUGUGGGCAUGACAUGUAAGCACUUAAAGAUGACUAUGCACGCCAGCGUGACCAGCAUCAUCCUCCCAAACCUUUCUGUCACGGCCGAAUUCCAAGCCAUAUGGACAGGCACAGCUUUGGCACAUCCGAUGCUGGUGCCAAAGUUUCCCAGUGCCUUCCAGCCCUCUGCAUAUUUCCAUUAGCCAGUGAAGCUGCCCAUCAUAGUGAUGGGUCAAUAGGAAUGUAUUGGUCAGAAUGGCUUGGCGUUCAACUCUGAUAGAAGGUUGCAAAGGCACCUCUAGGCAUGUAAAACCUGCAGCAGUUUUUAUUUUCCUAAAAACAAAAAAGUCUCUUUAAAGGGGUUUUCCCUUUUCAGUAAAAAGGUAGAAAAUUGUUCCAGUGGGGAAGUAAUACCCAACUGCACUUUUGCACCUUCUCAUUCCAGUUCUGUACAACAGCAGCUGCCCAUCCUAAUUUCUAUGCAUGGCCAUUCUCAAUGAAACCGCGACACAGCUCCUGCCUCAGAAACUCACAAAAAUCAUCUGAUCUUCAGGGAUUCCAUUGGUUGCUACUUACCCAUUGGAGAGAAUAGUCAUCUCUUUGAAGUUGAAGGCCCCUUUUAUUUUAUUUUUAUAUACCUCUCAUGCCCAAAUGUUUUUAUUACUCUUAUAUAAUGUAGGAUCCAAGAAGAGAAACGUAAAUAAUGUAAAUAAUUCUAUCCAAGAUGACUAUGCAUUUCUAAGGAUUGUUAUGUACAUUUAAAAGGCCAGUAAAUCUAAAAUCGAAAAUAUUUUAUAUGAAAGCGCUACUAAUUUCAGUUACAAAUAUACAUGAAAAAAAUUUGUAU